AUGAAAUUGGAAGAAAAAGGAAAUUGGACGACCGUAACAAUGAUUCAGUCGGAUGGCUCGCAAGUCCCUUCAUCUAAGCUUGAAAGGGAUGCGACUACAUCAUAUGCAACAAAUCGAGAAACAGUAUAUCAUAAAAAUGCUCGAACGGUCGAAGAAACACAUUUGAUCAAGAGUGCGGGUUCGUCCAACCAAGGAUUCUCAGAGGAACAUUGGAGUUCCGAAAUUAAAUCAUUUGUCACCGCUCAACCACCUAAAUUCAUUCAGGUGAUCAAAGCAUUUCGAGUGUUAGCCACUGAUACGCUAACACUUGUUGUGGAGGUUGAGAGUGAUCCACCAGCAAUUUUCGAAUGGUUUUGCAAUGAUCGUUCAGUACAACAGGAUAAAAGAAGAUUCAAGGUACGACACGGUUUGAACAUAACCACCUUGACGGUUGAGGGCCCCGAGCAAGGUGUUUACAAGUGUACGGCCAGGAAUCCAGCUGGUAUAUCCACAACAUAUGGUUAUAUAACCGUUAAUGCACAACCACAGUACCAAAAAUGGACACAACAAAAGCAUGCAGUCGUUAUCGAAGAAAGUUACGAGACGACAAGCAGCGAACAAAUCGGAGUAACAAUAAAACAGGCACCCAAAUUUGUAAAUGGGGUGCCGAACCUCACGCUAAAACCUGGAGCGGAGGCGAUUAUUGAUGUCGAGGUCGACGCAUACCCACCGGCAAAAUUCACGUGGUAUGUAAAUGGUUAUGAGUUCCGUGAUUCGUCGGGACGCAUUGCGAUUUAUUAUCCAAAAGAGAAUCGUUGCGUUGCAAGAUUUCCAAUCCCACAAACCGGUGAAUACAAAGUUGUAGCAGAAAACUCACUCGGAAAGGAUCAAAGCAUUGGCUACAUUGAUAUUAAAAAAGAAAUAUCGGUCCAUCAAACGGAAAGGCCACCGUUGCCAGUUGAGAGCGUACGACAUACGGGCACUUUACCAUUACAACGCCAUCAGAAUUUAUUCGAUGGAACCGAUUUCAUGCGUUCAUCAUCAGUAUCGAAGAAUUAUGAAAUGUACGAGGAGAGCUCAUAUUACCAACGAUCGACGAGUUUGCCUCGUCCAGUGCACAGCAUUGAACGACACGUUCAGAUGACUUCAGAUGCUGGUAAACACCAUGAAGAAGAAGUAAAAGGGCAGUUACCCUAUUCAUCGAUGACUGAAAUCUAUCGCGCUGUCGAUCGUGAGGAUGGUCGAACUGAAACCCUCUAUCGAACAGUUAGCAGCGAAUCAACACAUACAAUGCCUCAACCACCGAAAUUCACAAGCGCUCUUCCGAAAGCCGUCAGUCUAUCACCUUCUGAUGAGCUGGUUCUUUCGGUUGACGUUAAAGCAGCUCCACAAGCUGAUAUUAAAUGGAAGUUUGAUGGAAGCGAUGUGAAGGAAAGCAAAAAUGUUACCAUAUUAAGUGAACACAAUCGCUCAACACUAAUCGCAAAACCACCAGUUCAACAGGGCCGUUACAGUGUUGAGGUAACAAAUGAAGCUGGAACAAUCAGCUCAGCCACAACAGUUCAUCGUGUCGAGGAGGAAACAUUCGAACAAGUCGAUGAACAUACGAUCAUCAGCGAACGUGGUUCAGCGGUUCGGAGUCGUUCAUCUCCACCACCAGAAAUAGUUGAAAAUGCGAUUACAGUGACGAGUGCUCAAGAUGGUUGGGAAUUGGUCGACAGAGCAGAUCUAAUGAAAUCGUCUAGUGGAUCUGUCGAAACAGUGAAACAUGUCGAGACAUCCACAAAAUAUUCGGUUAGUGAUGAUCGCAAGGCAGCACCACCCGUUCCUCCGAAACCUGCACCUGUGCAAAUCUCAUCGUUCACUUACACACAAAAAGUCAGUGAAGAAUCUGGUGAUUUGUCAAUGAAACAGUCGGCUAUCAUUCCGCAACCGAAAACAACGACCACUCAAACAACUGAAAUGUUUGCCACCGAGAUGAUCGAAGAACGACGACAAAUGCAGCCAUCAAGGAAAGUCUCUGAACCUUUACCAAAACGUCCACAGGUUUUACGACAACCACCACCAGAAGUGCAUGUUAAAGCUGGUGAGAAAUUAGUUCUGGAAUCAAAAGUGGACUCAUACCCAGAAUCUUCAUUCAAAUGGUACCAAAACAAUUUUGAGGUACGUCCAUCAGCAAGUGUUCAAAUCGAAGCACCAGCCCCGAAUGAGAGUCGUGCAAUAUUCAAAAAACCAACGGAUGGUAUCUAUAAAGUAACUGCAUCGAAUGUGUACGGUAGUUGUACGAGUUCAACUCGAGUAACCACUGAGGUGGUUGAGGAGAUGCUGGAAGAGAGCUCAGUGUCCAUUAUACGUACACCAGCUCAACAGGUCCAACCACAACAACACAUACAAAAGUUUCAAUUCGUCCGGAAGGGUCGCGUCGAACCACGUAAAGACCUUCCGAAAGUUCCGAAGAUUCAUAAAAAAUUCGCUUCACUUAUUCGUAUACCGCAGCACAAACCACUUGUGCUCAGUGUUGAAGCUGACGCUAUUCCAGAAGCGACGUUCACUUGGCGUGUAAAUAACUUCGAAGUGAGACCAUCAGCACUGGUACACAUCGAACGUCCAGCGCCAAAUGUUUGUCGUGCCACUUUUACGAAACCUUCCGAAGGACGUUAUGAGGUUAUCGCCAGCAACGAACGUGGCACUGAUGUAUGCUCAACGAAAGUUGCAAUCGAUUAUGACACUGAAGUUGUCAGCGAAAAGAGAACCACUAUACAACAGGUCAUCCAACCAACGCCAGAACCACCUGUGUUUGUGAGGUCAUUGCCUCCUAGAACGCAACUGAGCGACACUGAGAUCAAGGAAUUCCAGCUGAAUGUGCUAGUUGAUUCGCAGCAACCCGUAACGUUCCGUUGGUUCGCCGAUGGAAGUCUUUUGUCGAAUAGCGUAGAGCAUCAAAUGAUUAACGAAGCAUUCGAGAGCACAUUACUCGUCAGACAACCCAUCCGACGUGUAAGGGAUUAUUCGGUCGAAGUUUCAAAUGCUAGCGGCACGAUUCGAUCGACAACAAGCGUUUAUCCGCCCAUAACAACAAGAACAAGCUCUACAAUUGAGGAACUGUUGGCCACUGAAGCAAGCACGGAAGUUCGACAAAGGGCACCACGUUUCACGACACCACUGUACGCAACAGAACUUGAAGAAGGUGAACGACUGACGGCUGAAGUGGUCGUUGAUCACGACGGAGCACCGUGCGAGUUUUUGUGGUAUUUGAAUGGCAAAGAUGUGAGAACACAACCCGGAUUCCGAGUCGACUCUACACAUUACGUGUCUACGUUGGUCGUCGAAUCAGUGAAUGCGAGAACAGAUGGCAAACUAUCAGUGAUCGCAACCAACAGAUAUGGAACUGCUGAAUCAUCUGCGACAAUCACUGUGAAUAAAAGAGAAGAUACAUUUGAAGUAAUCACUGUGUCGCCUACUCCGGCUGAAAGACCACCGAAAAUCGUCAGUCCACUUCAUUCAACCGUUUUCACAGCUGGGCAACCAAUGACUCUUCGAUGUCACAUUGAUGCACUUCCACCAGCACAAAUCAUUUGGACUAAGGAUGAAGUUGACCUAGCUGAAUGGGUUAUCAAUGAAGAUAUCACCACAAAUAUUUUGCCUGACGGCACAUAUGAAUUGACGAAACCGGAAUGCACUCCUGAUGAUGCCGGUUUAUAUGAAUGUAGUGCUCGUAAUGCAUACGGUACUGCUCAGACAGCGGCCUACGUCACCGUUGAGGAAAUGGUCUACACAAAAGACGUGCACGAAGCUGAGAUACAUGAAAUAGCGAUUACGAAAAGUCCAAGUCCAUAUGUACCACAAGAACCGCCAAGAUUCACGGAAACGAUGACAAGUGAAAUCGAAGAUGAAAAAACUGUUCUGAAGUGUAAGGUGCACAGUGAAGCACCAGUUGAGAUUUCGUGGUACCAUAACAACGUUCCGUUGACACAAAAUGAAAAAUAUACAAUGCGUUCAUUUGUGGAUGGAACACAGACAUUGUCAGUUCGUGAUGUCAGUAAACGAGACGAAGGUGUUUACAUGUGCCGAGCUGAAAGUCGGUAUGGUGUCGCUGAGACAAGCAGUCAAGUGAUAACUAAGGAAGAAAGACAAAUCAGAGAGGAAGAAGUACUGAUUGAAGAGCAUACCGAUGAGCAAAUACAGCUACCCCAGAGAACCGAUUUCCAGAAAAAGGUGUACACCGAUACCUCCGUGAAACUAAUCUCAGAGACAGAAAUAACAGAUAGCGAAGAGAAUUACAGUCGCACUGCUGAGCUGAAGAAGAAUGAAGAAGAAUAUAAAUUGCUCGUCAAAGUGGCUGAAACGGUUGCGAAACGCCUUGUUGCGAAUAUCGUCAUUGAGGAAGCGGUCAGAGAGGCGGCUUACAGAAUCAGGGAGCAGAUUCACACCAGCGAUGAGGAAGAGAUUUUCAUCGAAAGAACGACUGAAGAGCGAACGUAUGCACCAAGAUUCGAAACCAAUAUCGAAUGCCAAACUGUCCGUGUCGGUGAUACUGUGCGAUUCGCAACUGACGUCAGAGGGCAUCCGACACCAAGAAUUCAUUGGUAUUUCGGACAACAACGUAUUCAACAAUCAGACCAUACUGAAGUGCUCUGUCUGAAUGGACGGUCCACACUUGUUAUCAGAAGAGUGACAAAAGAAGACGAGGGUGUUUAUUUCUGUGAGGCUGAAAAUCGUGUCGGAAAGGCUGUUCUUUCAUGCGAUCUCCGCGUUAUCGACACCUCCACAGGUGGUAAUAUUGUGCUGCAACGUUUUCAAUCAACCCUCGACUUCUCGAGGACUGCAGAAUAUGUUUCAACAGAAACCGAAACUGAAGUACAUUCGAAUAUUCUUGUGAAUCAUUCGGAGGAGGCAUUUGAACAUCGUAUAUCAUUCCUACAACCACGAACAAUUAGUUUGGGUUACGAUUGUCGCGCAUCGACGAGUAAAGUCUACGACGAUUCCGUAAUUAUCAGACGUGAGGAGCGACGUCAACGUUUGGAACCAGCUCACAAAGAAGUGACUUUGAACGUGAACGUCGAAAAGCCAACACCGCAGUUUAAACACGACGUUCAAAUUCUGCAACAACGAGAGACGGACAUUUCAAUGUUGACUAACGAACAAUGGUUUGUCAGUUCCGAAGAAGUUAUGCAAACAAGAGACAUAACUCUGACCGAAAAACAGAAGCGAGCGUAUGGCCAAGAUUCAACGGUCAACAUAUCAACAACGAUUGUUAUUGAGAAACCAUCACAACGUGCUUUGCACGAAGUGAUCUGCAUAUAUGAUGAAAGGGUAAGAUUACCGGAGGAAAGAUUCCAUGCGGUAAGAUCAGUUGAACUGCGGCAAAUGGAAGAGGUCAAUGAACUCUUCACCUCUGUUUUGGCCAGAAAAGAUGAACAUCAAGCUCACGAAGUAGCAAACGUUGAGGUGAGACGUCCGCCUUCACAAUUCGAUCACACAACAACAGUUAUGGAAUCUGAAGUUGCACAUUUGUGCGCUCAUUACACAGCGCCAACAACAUCACGUAGUGAAAUUGUUGUCGUCGAGGUAAACCUCGUCAAAUACUCACCCGUUCUUUCGGAUAGAGUCACUCGAAUUCAACGACCUAUUCGAAGAGCUACCGCUGAGCAACGCAUUGUCAUACUUGAAGGAGUUACAGAAUCGUUCUCCGAGGAAGUCUUCUGGAGCCUUAAAAAGAUACAAAAAGCAGUCACUCAUACUGGUGAGGCGAUAACGAAUGCUAAUAUUGAGGUACGGAAGCCAUUCGAGCAAGGAGAGCAUAUCACUACGAUUAUUGAUAAGGUUAAAAUCAUUCCAGAAAUCCUUGCAAUUGCUGCAGCAGCAACAAAAAUACAGAUAACGAAUGUCUACAUAACGCUAACUAAAAAAGGCGAAGUGGCUCAUCAGGCUCUCGUAAUCGAGUAUGAAAGUUACAUUGAGGAUGAAGCGUCCUUAAACAUUGCACUACUCACCGUUCCAGCAUUCCACUCUAAACAAGAGGAGAUAUGGACGAGGGAAACAAGAAUUAAAGAAACAUACGAUGAAAGGAACAUAGUGGCAGUCUUCGUUGAAGUGGACGCAAAUUGUCCGAAUCAGUCCGUUGAGCUGGUCGCAUCGGUCAAUAUUCCAGUAAUAUCAAAUGCCAAUUUAUCGGGUAUACAACGGUGGUCCACUUCUUCGGUUGUUGAAAGAUCGGAUUCUAUAACUGAAUCAUCUUCAUACGGAGUGUUUGAAGCACCGAGAUUUUUGAAGCAGCUAGAAAAUGUAACGACAGCUAUUGGUAACGCUCUUCAAUUCAAAUGCAUUGUGAGUGGAAUGCCAAUGCCAGAAAUACGAUGGUUCGUUGAUGGUGACGAAAUUCACACGUCUCGGGUAUAUGAAACAGUAUACGAAGAUGGAGUUUGCAUAUUGAGAAUCAAUGAAGUGGUUCUGGAGGAUGAAGGCGAAUACAUGUGUGAGGCGACAAAUCCGUCUGGCCGUGCGAUAACCAAAUGUUUCUUGCAUACGACAAGGUUCUGCUUGCUUCUUCUGAAACGCCCAAACCUUUUAGCAUCACCCAACGAGCUGAAUGGUGAGACAACGCUCUGGCGACGUAGUCUUUCAAAAAAAUCAAUCAGUGAAGAGACGAAUUCUUAUGUCUUCUUCGAGGCAGUUCCGGCCGCGGAAGCCGUAGAGGUUCAUGCAAUUCUUGCUGAGAAUGAUUUAGAAACACCUCUAAGCAGCAUUCACGAUGACUCACGAACCACAGUUGGUACUGUAGAUGCAUUUGACAUCUCAUCAGCGGACAGUUCCAUUGCUAGACACUUCUCAUUUUAUGAUGAGCCGUCAAACGUAAAGAUUUCGGCAACCUUUGUUGAUUCACCUCAACGCUCUGAUGUCUCGGCGAAGUUCCGAACGGUGAACGACCAAAAUAUGCAGUGCAUUUUCGAUAUUGUAGCGUACAGUAUUAACGAAUCAUUUGAAUUGAUUUACCGUUAUCCAACUCCUAACCGUAGCAGGUAUUUCAACCAGAAAUAUUCUACAUCUUCUUACGAAACAUGCUUAUCGCUACACUUAUCACGACCUAAUGCCUUCGAAAGUGCUGCAAUUAUUGCACUUCAAAAGGAUGUGAAAAAGACAUUAUUAGCGAAGCUGGCAGUCAUUGAUACAGCUGAAAGAACGUUGUCAAGUAGGCAAUCUGUGAAUGAGUGUUGCUCAAUUAUAUUGGCUCUUUCUGCUGCUGGUAGAACUAUGAAACAAGAAAUGACAUUAUCUUGUGCUGCUCCAGGCAUGUUCUCGAAUGAUCAUUCAGAAGAAUUUGCUCACAGCAGCGUUGAGUGGAAUCUAACGAAGCAAUCACCAUCUGAUAAUGAUUCCCUGACUGUUAUGUCUACCGUGAAAUCACCAACAAUUAGAGCUCAUGCAUCGAUUAAUUCAAAAGAACUUGAUUUGUGGAACGAAAGCUUCGAUAAUCCUUUUCCAGAAGAAGCCAGUCUAAUUGACCAGGAAAGACUGCUUGAACCAAGAACACCACUGCUGCCUGAAAAAGUCACUUAUAGGGGUCAGGAAAUUGGACUAUGCGUCCGAGAAAUGGACGAGCCUGAUAUCGUUGCAGAUAAACCUAAGAGAGAACUGAUCGAAAAAUACGUUGAAGCACUGUUCGACUUCAGUUACACGGUUGAAGAUAUCAAUGGAAACGGCGCAGCAGAAAUGGAAAAUUCGAAAAACGUGGAUACGUCUCUCGUAAUGCCUAAAAUAGUUGAUAGGCAUGCGGAUGUGCAUAACACUAGGUUAGCUACAGCAGCAAGUGAGGCAGUUAUUACCAAGCUGACGGAAACGGACAGCGAAAAAGCAUAUCCUCAUCCACGAGGUAACGAACAAUCAUCUAUGGCAUCAGACAUUACGAGUGAAGCAUCAAACAACGGUUCUCUUGUGAAAACUCCCGAGGGUACAGUGAUCACUGAGGAGGAUAUUGAUAUGUUCCGAUGCGAGGACAUUUCUGAGCUCAUUAUGGAAACUAUAGAAGAAGCUGAGGAUAGCAGUCAGUGCGAGGAUGUGUUUGAAGCGUAUUCUGCAGAUGGGAAUCAAUUUGUUGAGUUCUUCUUCCAGAAACCAUCGCAAUAUGGAGAAGCCACAGAAAAUCGUGGCAUUGGAUUUCCCUCUCCUUCUGAUAUGAUCGAAAGAGGUGAGGCUAACAAGGAGGCACUCAUUUUAACUGAACAACAAUUGGCCACCAAAGAGGCUGCUUUAGAGAGCAAAACAUCAAAACAUUAUAACUAUUCUGAGGAAUUAAAUCGGGCCAAAGAAGCCGUGAAGAGGACUGAAGCUGAGCUAGACGAAGUAAGAAUCAGGCAUAGAUCGAUCUCACUAAGUGAGGAAGCACAGAUGAUCGAGCGUGCAAUCUACGAUAUCUCUGAUCGAAUUAUGCAACAGCAGCCAUUGACUGAAGCUCAAGCUGAAGCAAAUGAAGAACUUUUGCGUGCAACACUCGAAGAAAUGAUCAUGGAUGUCAACGCGAAACCUUCUAAAAAUGGUUCAUCCCUCUACAAAAAGCCGAUAGCUUUACUGCGUCAAAAAUUGGCCAACUUGGAACAUUCUCUUAUUGCUGAUGAAGAAGUCGGAGUGAUUAUGGGUAACAACGAAGAUAAGAAAACAGAAACUUUAAAGUUGGAAGCUUCGUCAGACCCUUCGCGGCCGAGUCCAGCUCACUAUUCUCUGCAUAACAAAAAGAGGAUGGCAAAGCGAAUGAGCUCAGAAUUGGCACGAAUGACACCGCUAACGAAUAGUAUUCAUGAACAAUUAAGUACGAUCGAAACGAUGCUUGACGAAGUGGAGCUGGAUGAAUUUGAGGAAAAUUUAGAGGGAACUAGUGAAGAUGCGAAGCUUCUUCAGUCAAAACCAACAACCAAACGUCGAGAAAUGCAUGGUAUUUUAGUGCAAAUUAAUCAUGAACUGAAUACGAUGAAAAGGUAUUGUCGAAAAAAUAUUUCAAGGAAGGGUGCUGACGCAGUAGUUGGUGUGUUACAAAAGGUUCGCGGUAAUGUUUCGUCCAUUGUCAGUAUGGUGUCGAGGAGCAAAAAGAAACGACGAUCAAGAACCAAGUCUCCCGACAAACAUACAUCAAAAACAGGUUUCUUUUUCGGUACCGAGGCCUCGAUCAAUUUCAAUUUAUUCAAGUCACCAGCUCAAGAAAAUGUCGAUAUAGCUGUUAUGUAUCGCAGCACAUCAGAUGGAUCGACCCAUCAAAGUUUAACAGAUGACCAUAAAACCGUGAGCGAUUCUGUAAGGUGCCAGUAUGGUUAUAAGGUGCCCACAGGCUCCGACGAUAAUAUGCCUACACCAAAAAGUGGUCAAGAUAUACCCAUUAACAGUGGUGUGUUGCCAAACCAGAACACUGUCGGCCACCCAUGUGAUCUGUGCCCUGAAAUCAUUGUUUUGACCCCUGUCGACCUUGCAGUUCCAUCUCCUUGCGUCUGUCAAUCUAUGACUAACGAUGACGAUGUUCCCGUUAGGCCUCCACGUCCCAGACGUUCUCAGUCAAGAGAAGCAGAAGAAAAACGGCUGAUAGAAAUGCUCGCAUCACAAGCCAGUAAUUUACAAGAAACACCUACGAUUGCUGAACUAAAUGUGGAUGAAAUUGCCGAAAUUGCUCGUAUGCGCAGCGAACUUGAACAACUUGAAUCUCAUCUAGACGACAAUAAGAAGGAUCUUUAUGGAUCCGAUGUUAUCAGUGAAAACGAGACACAGGAAUUGGAAAUCCGUCGAAGGACGAGUGUUGAAAAUGUUUCCAGUGUUUUCCCUUUAAUACCUGUCCGGAAGGCGUUUUUCACAACAUUGGACGAAAACAGUUCAGUGCAGUUGUUCUGUGAGGAAUCUGACUAUGGCAAUGAAAGUGAUACCGGCUCGCGGACAUUCCACGGCUCUGCAAAAGUGCAUCCUUCUUAUGCUUUGUCUGCAGCCGUCAUUCCAGAACAAGGCGAAAAGUAUACGGCUGAGGAAUGCGCACGAGCUAAAGAACGUGAGAUUGUAUUGUUAGCUGUGCAAGAACUCGCAAACGAACUCGAUUCCAAUCGAACAGCCAGUAUAUCGACAUCAGAUGCAUCGGGCAAAUGGUCACGAAAAUCAAAUAGCACUCCAUAUUCAGAUGUCGAAAUUGAUGUUGUUCUUGAACACAAUGUAGAAUCGUCUGGUCAUGAAAGUAUUGAAUGCAAUCAAACGGCCGAAGAAUCAGAUCAAACAUCUUCAUUUACAGAUAUCUACGUGAAACGAGAUGUGGUUGAAUCAUGUUCAUUGAACGAUAUAGAAUCACUGCUUGGUCGUGAUGAAUCUGGUGAUGAGGCUAAUGACGUUCGAAUAAUGUUAACUAGUGCACCAAUUGCUGAUAUGGUGAAUGUAAUGCCAACCAUAAUGGAAAGGAGCGAAAAUUCAAGAACCAACUCUGCGAUGACCGCAAGUCGAAGUAGUGCUACAACUACUACCGAUAGUCUUCUGCCGCGCGUUAUAAACAUUGAUAAGAUUGAAUCAUUGCAAGCCAGUGGCUACGUUUUCGCAAAUCCAUACAUUGAGGGCAGCGACGAAGAAACAAUUGAGCAUUGCGAGUCUGGCUUUUUACCUCUUCCAAGGGGAAAGAGCAAAGAGAGGAGCGAUGAGCGAAACAUUUAUAGAAUAUCCGAGUCACAGAUGAAGACAUAUGGAAAAUGUGACAAAACGGAACAAAAUGCGGAAAAUGUUCCGGAAGAAAUCUGCAUAGAUGUAAAUUUGAAGCGUCGUCCCCGGAAGCUCAAAGUGUUGUGUACUCUUGCUCCAGAAGUGCUUAUGAAUGUUAGCGCAUUAGCGACUAUGGGUGAAUCGGUUGAAGUUGUUGUUGAGCAACCAUCCGAAUCGCAGGGAUACCUUGUGAAGAUAACCGACGAUGUGAGUGAUUCAGUUCAUUUGAGUGUUAUCGAGGUGCUGCCUCCGGUUUCAAUUGACGUCGAAGUUUCGUUGUCGAAUGAUGAACAAACCGAUUUUGAGGAAGUGGUAGCAGUUCAACCAGAUCGCUACAGGUUGCUCAUGAAAAACCUUAACGAUAUGAAUGCAUUCAUUUAUGAUGGCGGGGAGACUGAUCUAAUUGAUUCUAUGCAACGUACCGGUGUAUCGAUAUCCAUUGUAGCAAGAAGCACUCGUGAUGCUGUUUAUGCUUCAUUGGAAGAGAUCCCGUGGGGAGAAGUAUCAAUGCACAUCUGUUUAAGCGAAAAUGAAAUGGUGCGUUCAAUGAGUGGUUCAGAAACUCGUGCCAAUUCAUUAAUUCAGAACGUUACCGUCUCAGAAUCAAACGAUCAUGAACGCAAAUCGUUACGGUCGCAGGAGUCUUUCAAAUCCUCCCAGAAAUCAUUGGCGUUCUCCGAUCGAAGCGAGCGUUACGAUAGUAUGCAGAGUUUGAAUGUUCCAAGUUAUGUGCUCAAGGAAGGCUCAACAGCAACAAUCACAUGUGAAUUGAACAAUUUUCUCAGCCCAAAUAGUCAUAUUGACUGGUACAAAGGCAAAGCUGCUGUUGAAACAAAACCUGGCAAAAUUGAUCGUAUCAGUCAUGAUUUGUUGGAGGUUUUAGUGAUAUCACACGUCGAACUGGAUGAUAGUGACGUUUACAGCAUUGAAGUAGAUGAACAUGUUUAUCCAGUUGCAUUCCUCAUAGUUGAAGAGGAUGAUCAAUUUGAAAAAGCUGAUGAUGUGAGUAAGCCAACGUUUAUUACACCACCGCAAACCUUAUUUGUAAUGGAGGGUCAACCCGCGAUCAUUUCGUGUCAGCUAAAUGGUUUGCAUCAAAAUGUUGUGUGGUGUAAGGAGAGGAAAGUAAUUGAUGGCGACAAUCAUCGAUUCAAAAUCGAAUCCGAUGACAACGGUUUGCAUCGUUUGAUUAUUGGUGAAUCUGAACUCGACGAUCAAGGCACCUAUUACGCUUAUGUGGAUGACCGCUUUACAGCUAUCACUCUCGUUGUUGAAGUUAGUAAUCCGUUUCCAUGCAGUGAAAGUGCAAGGCAAGAACAAAUAAACGAAAGGGAACUGACGGUGACCGCAUCUGGUACUGAAAGUGAGGAGGACGAUUAUCGUGAAUAUGUUGUGCCACCGGGAAGUACGGCAACAAUCGCCUGUGAACUGGAAAGCGACGAUCUGAGGGAAUUGUGCUGGCGAAAGGACGGAGAGAAUAUCGUUUUUGAUGAUGAUAGUAAAGUUGAGCACGUUGUGAAUGGCUUGAAACAUUACUUAGUGAUACAUGAUACGCAGCCGAACGAUUCAGCUUGUUAUAGCGUACGCAUAAAUAACGCUGAAUUUAAAGUUGCUCAUAUGAUUGUAAGUAAUUGUGCAACCUCAAUUGCAGGAGAUAUGGCGAAGGAAGAAACGCUAGUACCAGCCGGAGCAUCAGCUGUAAUUCACUGCGAAACAAUAACGCAAGAAAAAUCGUUGAUCUGGCAGAAGGAUCGUCGUCCAUUAUCGCACGAUGACCGCUAUGAAUAUUCUGAUUCAGCGGAUGGUCACGAACACUCAUUCACGAUUCACGGAGUACGGAAAAGUGAUGAAGGAGAAUACGGUGUUAUCAUUUCCGAAGCCUACACGGCUGUUACAAAUAUCACCGUAAUCGAUUCUGAUUAUCAGCUGAUGCGCGGUGAAGAAGCAACCACAACACACUACUUCAGCGUUCCAAUGAAGCGACCAACAUUUGUUAGUGAAGCGACAAUGAACUCAGUCGAGCAACGUCACUUCUAUGAUGAAUAUCAAGUUUGCGAUGUGAACGAAUAUUUCGAUUUACAUUUUCGAACGCAAUCGUACGAAACUCCAGUGGUUGUUCGUGAAAGUCGGUCUGAAUCAGUUGCGUUAUCGUGUAGUUCACGCGAAUCGUCAACCGGUCGAAUGGAAGAAGAGAUUGUCGAAGUUGAAGUGAAACGUCAUGAGUGGCAAAAAGCAGCCAAAGAUGUUACCGUACUGGAGUCGCAUGUUCUGCAAACAACUUGUGAAAUGAGCCUUGACAGUACGGACUAUGAUGUGAGUAUCGAAUUGGCACCAUUCUACGGUCGUGUUACAAUGGUCGAGAAAGUGGUGACACCAACGCCACGAGCAUUCGCUUCAAUACAAAUCGCUCAGCGUUGCAUCGAUGCAGAUUUGUUUCGGACAAAUGUUUACGGUAUGUUGUCAGUAGAAUCUAUCAGAUGGAUGCCACGAUAUGAAAGCGGUGUUCAAAUGAGUGUUUCGAGCACAAGGAGUGAAACUGUUGAGUUAGGCGCUAUCAUAGGAUGUGGUACUGAGAAUGAGCAAAUUUCAGUUGUUCUCCUUACCAGUCCACCCAUUUCACAUGUAAGUAGCGUUGCAUGCAGUUAUGCACAAACCCAUUUGUGGACCGAACUGUGUGCAGAGUUUGUUAGCGUUGUAAACACAGAAAUCAGCCGGCUUAUAUCAAACGAUACGGCUGUUGUGGCUCGGUUGGAUUCAACGACGGUUGAGGACAUAGAAAGCGUUCUUCGUUUACAUCGUGAUGAAUCGAAGGAAUUACUAAAUGCUGUAGUGACGACUCUUCCUGAGCCAAUUUUCGUACAUUUUUCGGACAAUGUUGCGUAUACAGAACUCAGUCAAUGGUUGAAUUCUACGGUGAUUCGGGGAGACUAUUCAGAGAUAACACGAAAAUUAAUCAGAACCUGCAGUGAGCACAUAUAUUUGCAAGAAUCGUCACUCGAAGAGCAAUUUUCUAGUGUGGAUUGCCACCAAGAAUAUGCUCAGGAGAUGGCCGAAUGCAUCUUAAAACCUCAUUUGGUUCCGAAAACAGCUGAAGUAUCGGCUAGUUUUGCAAAUGAACAGGUUGUCUUUUCUCUUGACUCAGCUGUUGUGCGGCAAACAGGAUCUAAUUUUGUUGCCAAAAUGAUCAAUACUGCGAAAGAAUGGAUAUGCCUACAGGAAACAACGAUCGAGGACAAUUAUUCAGAUAUCUUCAUUGAAUGUGCAACCAGUUACCAGGAUUGCUUCAUUUCUUUGAUGUCGCGUCCUUCACCAGAAACGGUUCAAGUGGUUUCCGAAAUUGCGCUACAGAAGGCUCAGUACUUCUUUGAUUGGUCAGUGGAUGAAUGCGUAGAGCGUAGGUUCAUCGCAAGAGUUAUGAGAAAUGCAUUCAUAUCGAUGCAACUGCGUGGAAUUACCAUCGAAGAAGGAACUUUCGAUGUCCUCAUUGGUCGCAGAUGGGAACGUGAGCAACUACAAGUUACUGUUUUGGUUCCCGCAAGAGCAGCCUUUGAAAAUGCUAAAGCUGGAUUCGCCUUCGAAGGAGUAAAUUAUUUGAUGGAAUCAUUUGAAGUUCGCAGCAUAGAGUCGGAUUUCGUUGUAAAAGUUAGCAAUACGCUAUGUUUAUCGGUAUCGAUGUGUGCGUCAACAACUGAAGAAAUUGUGACUCAUAUCGAAAAGGAACAAAAUAAUUCUGCCGAGCAUGCACUGGUAACGGUUAUCCCUCGUCCACCGCCACAUCAUGCUGAAGUAAUAACUGAUAUAGCUUCGCAAGAAUUUAAUAACUUCUUCGACUCUAGCCUUGUUCAGCGUAUAGAACAGAGAACUUCAGUUAUAAUCUUCAGACAAGCAUAUACAUCAAUGCAACUUCAUCGAACGCUCCUAGAGGAAGGAGAUUUUGGAGUGUGGAUGGGUAGAAUUUUAGAACAAGAUGAAGCAUUUGUUACCGUAAUUUGCCGUCCACCACCAAUAAACGCUCGAGUAAGUGCAAGUAUUGAAACGCAAGAGACCAGCUACUUUUUUGAUUCAUUUGUUGACCAGCAAGUAGAGUUCAAAGUCAUCAGUAAAGUUAGACGUAAGGCUUUCACGUCGAUGCAACUACAUGCUGAAACACUGGAGGAAGGCGAAUUCGAUGUUUUAAUGGGGCGAAGAUGGGAUCGAGAAGAGGUGAAUAUUACACUGAUAUCUCAUCCGCCGCCAGUUCACGCCAGCGUUCAAUUAACUCUUGAAGUACAAGAAGCUAGCUACUUCUUCGAUUCGUUUACAGACCAAAGAGUUGAACUGAACGUUCGUUCGAAAUUGGUAACACGAGCGUUCACCUCAAUGCAGUUACAUGCAGUAAAAUUAGAAGAAGGCAUAUUCGAUGUUUUUCUCAUAAGAACGUCGAAUCCAGUGGGAACAUCCAUAUUAUUGUGGCAUCGUCCACUACCAAUAAGUGCGCAUGUAAUGUCUCAUAUUGAGCUGCAAGAAGCCAGUUAUUUAUUCGAUUCCUUUGUUGAUGAAACAGUAGAAUGCAAAGUCCUAUCGAGAGUGUUCACGAGAGCGUUUACAACAAUGCGAUUACAUGCAACAAGUAUAGAGGAUGGUCAAUUCAGUGUAUUUAUGGUGCGAAAAACAGAGGAAGAAGAAAUUUUCGUGUCAGUUGCCGCACCUACAACAUCCUCACGCACUGAGACACGUGCUGGUUUCGCGUGCUUCCAAAUGAGCUAUUUGUUUGAUUCGGAGGUUGCUCGUGGGAUACGCCGUUAUUUGCGAACGAAGGGAACUCACCGUGCGAAAGCAUCUUUAUCUCUGUGUGCGGCAAAAUCGCAACGUGAUGAAAUCAGGUCAUUCAAAGAACAUUCUGACUUCACACAUGAGCGCAUGUUAACAAAGUCAUUGGUGGAUUUCAUAGCUGACCAAGACAGAAGUUGCAAUUUUUCUGGUGAAAGACACUUGCAGUCCGAGUUCGAAAGGUUAGGUGCCACUGUUACCGAAGGAUACGAUUCUAGCACCGUCAUGCUCGAAAGGACUUAUCAGGAGUCUACCCACGUUAGAAUUUCUGCUGAGCCAUCAGCACAGGGCAUCAGUGCAGCUGCAUAUGAAUAUGCACACACGCAGUUGCGUGCCAGCGCUUUUAAAGAAGCGGAAUUUCAUACUUCACUUAAUCGUCGAUCCGAAUCUGAUGAGCUAUCCGUGACGGUCGUGUCGCCGCUGUACUCCCAUGCUCAUCAUGAAAUGGCUCUUUCGAUGGUUUCAAAGGCCAUUCAAGAGGAUGAAAUGCAGAGGACGGCAAUUGAAGAAGAAUGUGGUAAAAUCGUCGGAGAAAUCGCUUCUGACGAAGAAGUAUCAGUUGUCGAAGAUAGCUUGUCGACCUCUUCACAAGGAAUUGCGUUCACGAAGCCACAGUUCAUUCAAAGGCUUAACGAAAUUUAUGAAUUGGAUGAAGAAACGAGCGUUACGUUCAAAUGCAUUAUUGGUGGUGUACCAUCUCCUUCAGUUCGAUGGUUCCUCAAUAAUACUCGUGUAAUAGAAGACAGGAACGUAAGCAUGAUUGCCGAGGAUGGAAUCUAUCUUCUCAGAACGAAGUGCAUAGAUUGCACAUGGAAUGGCACACUUGUUUGUGAGGCCAUCAAUUCGUUUGGAUGUAUUCGGUCGUCAUCAAGAAUUGUUGUGAAAGGAGUGCAACAAAUUGAUAUUCGCACCACCGAAAGGGUGUCUGAGACACAAUCAAAAGUAAUAUCGGAUUUAUCGUCGAUUCCUCGCAAACCGUCGUCUCCCGAUCUAAGUACAACAAGUACUACAUCGUCAGUGGGACAGGCACCUGAGUUUCAACAGCCUCUCGCUGAAAAAACCACUGUGAAGAUCGGUGAAAUUUUGCAACUAAAAUGUGUGGUAUCAGGCAGUCCACUGCCGACUUGUCAGUGGACCCGAAAUGGUGUAGUCGUAGAGCAAAACAGUGAAAAUACGAUCAUAUCAGAGGACGGAAUUUGCAUACUUCGUAUUCGCAGCGCAACUUUAAAGGAUUCAGCAGUUUUCCGAUGCACUGCAACAAACACAUCUGGCACUGCUCAAACUGAAAGCACCGUUUUUGUAGACGACGAUUUGUCACACGAUUCAUCGGUCUCAGAAGCACCACAUUUUAUUUUACCACUCAAGAAUUUGGAGCCUUCUUCACGAGAGCAUGUACAGUUGAAAUGCAUCGUAAGUGGCAGUCCAAUGCCAAGUGUUCGUUGGACUCUGAACGGACGAACGAUUGAAGAAGGCGAAAAAGGCUUUGAAAUGGCUUGCGAGGAUGGGAUUGUGUUGCUUAGAAUGACGGAAAAGGUCGAAUCAGGCAUUUUUGUAUGCCAAGCAGUAAACAGUGUUGGUCAGGCAAGAACAGAAUGUCGAGUACAGAUUAAAGAACCCAAAACAACUUCACUUGAAGCAACGGUUAUGGCGAGUAAUAUCAAUUUUCUUGUCGACGCGGAUGUUUUCGUAAUUACGAAAAUUAAUUACGAAACAAAGGCAACCAUAAAGAUGGAUGAGAAGCCGAAAAAGACAGAUGCCGAUUUUAAAAUUAUCAUCAUAAUCGAAGAAAGUAUUAUUCGAACUAGAAAGUGUGCAAAAGUUAUCGAAAGACGUUUCAAAAUCGUUCGAACAUAUGGAGAAGGAGAGGAAAAAGUGAUAGCAUCCGGUCAGUUAGGACGGAGUUUAGAACAAGUGCGGCGUGCAAUCGAAGCAUUUCUGGUGGAAGAGAAACGAAAAGGCAUCCUUGUUGAAGGCGAAAACCUCGAAAGAAUUAUUGAAGUUCUCCACGUACCUAAAUUUAAUCAGGCUACUGGAGAACAAGAGAUGGAAGAAUUCGAUCAUCAACCACCAGAAAGUCGUUCUCGUUUGAAUACUGGAACAUUCACUGAACGAAUGAGCGGAAUGACUGAACAACUUAUACAGCGGAAAACAUAUACUAUCAAAAGAGAAAGCGUUUGGGAAUCAGACGAAGAUGAAUUGAUGAUAACAGAUAUUAACUGCAUCUGUGCUCCACCCUUUGAGUCGGCCGAAGCGAACAUCAUUGUGAGAUCUUGUGUGCAAUAUUCAGCCAGCGUUAACAUUGUUUGUCGUGGCCAUUCACCGACUGAUGCAACAGAAACCUUCUUUGAAAUCAUCACUGAAGGGUGGGUCACUCGUAAUAUAAACCAUGCAUACAAUGAACCAGCUGCACCUCGUUUUGUUCGUCCAUUUUCCGUCGCAAAAACCUUCAGAAAUAUUUACGAACUGAGGUGUACAAUAAGUGGCUAUCCGUCACCAAGUAUCCGAAUACUUCAUAACGGGAUUCCAAUUCGACACAACGACAGGCGAUACCGUAUUAUCUAUGAAUGUGGAAUAGUGAUAUUACGAAUGCUUCAAAUACGAGAAGGUCAUUACGUUUGUGAAGCCAGCAACAGUUCUGGAAAGGCAAUCACCGAAUGUUAUCUGAAGGGUGAUGAACAACUGAGUGAUAUAUUUGAAGUAACCCGAGUGUUCGAUAGGCAUGGAUUUUUACUACCGUCCGAUAGAGCGCCCACUUCAUAUGUUGCUUUAACUGGGCAAGAUUCUGUUCAUCGAGCAUUUCAAUAUCCCGCAUUGAAUUUUGGUGUAGCGAACAGUUUAGAUAUGCAACGGUUUUCGAAGAAGGAAAUGACGUUCGAACGUUUGAGUAGAACACCACAGAGGAACGAAUAUCGGUCAGAUUCGCAAUAUUCAACCGUGAAAAUGUCUGGUGAUAUUGAAGAACCAUUCUUACGCACUGGCAUUAGUAGAACAUGGGAUCAAUCGUAUUCUGAUGAGCAUGUAAGCUGUACUAGGAAGCAGGAAUCAAAAAAUGAAACGGAAGAACGGCUUCCAACAGCAACUGAUAGUAGACCGAAGGAAGGAACUGAAUCCAGUUAUGCAACAACCGAUGGGACAAUUUUUCGAGGAUUAACUGCAGAAGAAGAUGAUACAUCAUUAAUGGGGAAGUAUGGUGGAACGAAAGAGGAAAAUGGUACCGAAAUGAUACCAUACGAAACACCGAAUUUUCCGCUUCCAUUGACCGAUAUUGUCACGGAACCCGUUGAUUUCAUUGAACUGAGGUGCAUAGUGAUUGGCCAUCCGGAGCCCAAAAUUCGGUUCAUUUUCAAUGAUCAUGAUCUACAGUCUGAUCUAAGCGCACAGAUCAUUCACGAAGAUGGCGUCGUGUUGCUUCGUAAAAGUGGUCCUGAUAUCGAAGGUCACUACAUCUGCGAAGCAACCAACCAGAUCGGGACUAGUAAAACAGAGUGCCAUGUAUAUUUUAAACAAACAGUUGAAGACAUGGAAAGAAACAAAAUAGAAUAUUUCGAACGAAAAGAGACAAGAGAACGAAUCACUCGAGUAAGUGAACAUUGCAUCGACAGCACUAGUGAAUCCGAAACUGUCUCAAAAUAUUCACAGCAACAACGCAGAAAUGUUCAAUCACGUGACCUUUUCCCAGCUGAUUCCAAUCAAAGAGCGGUACAAUUUCAGGUGCUUGGUCACGCUAUCCAAAAAAGCGGAAGUGAAGGCAGUAGCGAAGGAUUUAUUGAAGAGAAAACAUACUUGAAACCCUGUGAUGAAACCGCAGCUUUAGAUUUAACGUUCGGCCAGAAGACAUCAGCUGACGUAGUCGAAGUGGACAUGAUCAUUCGCGCAACGGGAAGGAUAUAUGAUGAUAGCAACAAAACUGGAACUGUCAAGCAUGAGCUCCAUAUCGUCGAGGAAGUCUGUUGUGAAAUAAAAGCAAGAAAGAAUGAGAUAGCAGCCGUAGUAGAAAUCACCGUUAUCGAUAAGAUUGUGGCAGGCAUAAAAAAACGUAUAUGUGACGGACCACACCAGCAAACUGACAUGGAUGAAAACGUUAUCUGCGAUCAAGCAGAAACAGUUGAAGUGACCACACCAUUCCAUACCAUUCCCACUGAAGCUGCACAUCUGUAUAUAUCCAGGCCGUUGAGUAGUUCUGUUACUAUGCAGGGUACUGAGUUAGACGAAAUGUCCCAAGGAUUCAGCAGUGUUGCACAGCGUAUUUCUCAUAUGUCUCGCAGGGAAUACGACAACUACUUGGAGGACAAUGCGUUAAAUAUGUCUGAGCGAGACUUUGAAGAAUUCUCACGACUGAUUCGCAUGUAUAUGUCACAGAAUGAAUAUGAAAGAUAUCUUCAAUUACGACGAAAUUUAAGCACGAUGAGGGCGACGUACGAUGCAAGCACAGCUUACUCAGAAGGAACCAUCCCACAUUUCGUUGGUCAAAGAGUUGAUUCAGCUUUUGUUGAGAAAGGAAGACAAUUAAAGGAAGUGGCGUUAGGAAGAAAAACUAACGAACGUUUUGGUCUGUCGUUAGCUGAAGAACACAGCACUUCAUCAUCUCAUUACGCACGUUUGGAAGCAGACAGAGGUGCAGAAGUUUUCGAAAUCGUUGGUGAAAGGCACGAGAAAGCUAGCGUGGUCGCGUUUUUCCCCACCGAAAAAGUUAGUAUGCGAGAAACUGGAACCUUCAGUACAGUUGGUACAGCGAUGAGUGCACAAGGCGAAACACUGAGAGAGAAUGUAAUCUUUGAGGUCUCUAAACGUCUGGAUCAUCGGGAUGGAACAAGAGCAAUUGAAAUGAGGCAUUUACAAAUUGAGGAAAGUAACAAGGAGAUUUGCAUCGAGAAGGACUCAAGUAGAGCAACCAUUCAAGUUUGCGUGACUGAAGGAGGUUUUGUUGAGACAACGCGGCAUCUUCAUGCACAUGUUGCUAUGGAAUCGGAGGCGAUUGAUGUAACUCUUGACAAGGAACAGCAAGUCCUAUUUGCGGAAAUUGCAAUUGAACUUAAUCAACAAGAUGCCGUUUGGUUCGCUCUUGGUCGAACAAUGAUUGCUCUAAAAGGUGAAAUCCAGAGGAGCCAUACUGUGCUUGAUAUAGCAAGAGAGCACGUCGUUCACAAAAUCGAGUUAAUAGAGAAAAUCAUGCAUCCACAAAUGGAAGACACUAACAAAGAGGUUGAUAUGCAAAAAGCUCCAAUUAUGGCCAAACUUGAUGUGCAAAUCAUUGACAGCAUGAUCCCCUGUAUAUCGUUGACGAUUCCUCGCGUGAUUCCAUCAGAAGAGGAAAACUUCGAAGCGCUUAUAAGCAAAGAGACAAGUAAAGAAGUCGUUAUGGAGAGAACAUCUUCAACCGCCUUCGUCGAUGUAACUGUUCUGGAAAAUGUAUAUGCCCAGUCUAAAAGAUUAGUUACAACGGAAACAGUAAAGGAAACGGAGGCCGCAGAAGUCGUAGUCGAUAAACCGUACCAACAACUCUCCGUCGCGGUCAACAUCGCGGAUUUCCAAAAGGAAGCUGUUUACUUCAGCUGGUCGAGAGUGGUGGAAAUAACGAAAGGUGAAGCAGUUCAUGAGCAGCUGGUUAUUGGAGCGGCAGAAGCGAGGACUGUUGUAGAAGAACUAGUCAAAGAAGAAGUCAGACGCGAAGAAAUUGAAGAGACAAGUAAAGAAGUCGUUAUGGAGAGAACAUCAUCAACCGCCUUCGUCGAUGUAACUGUUCUGGAAAAUGUAUAUGCCCAGUCUAAAAGAUUAGUUACAAGGGAAACAGUAAAGGAAACGGAGGCUGCAGAAGUCGUAGUGGAUAAACCGUAC